AUCUGCUAAUGAACGGACAGAUCUUAUCUAUACUGUCACACGUCGUGCACGGGUACGUGGGGAACCGGGCGAUCACAUUCCCGUUACAGUACCUUGGGUGGAACGUCGAUGCCUUAAAUACCACAAAUCUCUCAAACCACCCGGGAUACGGCAAGUUUGGUGGUAGUGCUGAGGACCCGCAGUUGAUAGUCAAAGUGCUUGAAGGACUUGAGGAAAUCGGUAAUUCGGUCGACCACUACAAUAUGGUGCUCACUGGAUAUAUGCCGAAUGAGCUGAUACUUGGAGCCAUCAAAGACUCGAUUUUCAAGAGGUUUAACCUGAAUAACCACAAACCUAUUUUGGUGAUGGAUCCCAUCUUGGGUGACAACGGGAAAAUAUACGUGGAUGAGCGUGUGAUUCCCAUAUACAAGCAGAUGUUUUGCAGCGGGUAUGUGGACUUGAUAACGCCCAACCAGUUCGAGUUUGAGGUUCUUAGUGGUGUGUCAAUUAAGGAUAUCACCUCUUUAAAGCAGGCGAUCAUGGCAUUUUCUCAUGCUUAUGAGGUGAAGAAUGUCGUUUUGUCGUCUAUCAAUAUUGGAGAUGACAUGUACAGCGUGGGGUAUACGCGAGGCGCACAUGAGCUAUUCCUUGUGUCUAUCCACGAGAUUCCGUGUAAAUUUUUUGGCUGUGGUGACCUUUUCACGGGACUUGUGGCGCAUAACUUCUAUAAAGCAGGCGGAAAACUCACGGCGCAGGUGUUGAAUGACAGUGUACAUAAGUUGACUAAGGUGUUACAGAACACGCUUGAUCUUGAGAGGCAGGUGAGAGGGACUGAGGAUAUAAAGGUGGUGAAUGAUAUAAAGAUUGUACCACUGGCGAAGUAUUUAUUAGAGGAGUUUGGAGAUGGAGAGGUUGUAUACAUAGAAAUGGAGGAGGCAUAGAGACAAACACUAGAUAGAAUACAUUAGCAUAUGAACGUCAUUUU